AUGGAGGAGCCGACGCAAACGGCCGCCGCCGGCAGCAUCCCGACAGCGGCGACCGAGCGGUGGUCCGCCCUCCCGGGAGAUCUCCUCAGCGUAAUCUACCUACGGCUUGUCGCCGGCCCGAUCGUCGACCGGCUAAGCUUCGCAGCCGUGUGCGGGUGGUGGCGCGCUGUCGCCUCGACGCACCCGCCGCGCCGUCUCCUCCCGUGGUUGGUCCUCGACCCGGGCGGCAGCGACAGGGCGAAGCACGCGUGCUGCCUCGAGGAUGGCGUCGUCCUGCCGCCGCGCCUCCGGUUCCCCGACGAGGCCGUCGGCAGGUGCAUCGUGGGCGGCCACGACGGCGGCUGGGUCGCCUUCCUGGAAGCCCCUCUGAGGAUCGUCAACCUCUUCUCCGGCGCCGAGAGAAGGAUCGUCCGCUUGCGAAACCGAGGAGGAUCGUCCGUCGACGACCGGUUUGUUCCGCUCAAGGUGAUAUUCUCCUCGCCGCCCACCUCGAGCGGCUGUAUCCUCGCCGCCAUCACCGAGAGGGAUGAAGUCGCGGUCUGCGGGCUUGGCCGCCCCAGGUGUUCAUGGUUGCCACGGAGGCUUCCUGGUAAGACAAUCAUGGAUAUUGCCUUCUGCGACGGCCAUCUCUAUUGCCUCGUAUCGGAAACGAUGGAGAUUGUCAGGUUCGAGGUCGGCUUAACCAAACACGGCGUGUUCAAAAGUAAUCCCCAAUGGUUGUUUGUAGGUGGUCUGCGGUCCAUGGUAUUAUUCUACCAGCAGAACGGGGGUGAUCCAGAUGAGCAAGCAGUGUACAUUGUUGAGCUACAUGGCAAGAUCGUGAUAGCAAUAAGGAGGAUGGAGUGGUCACGCCCGCGCAACACUUAUGUGUCUUUUUUUUCAGUUUUCGAGCUAGCUGAGGUCUAUGGUUAUAUGAGCAAGUGGAACACGUGGAAGCAUUUGAAGAGUCUAGGCGACCAUGCCCUUUUCUUGGGCUCGACGUUCUCUAAGGCAAUGCAGAUGUCAGCUGAUGAGAACGGCUACCUGCAAAGAAACAACAUCUACUACUCCCACCACCGAUGCUACCCACAGAAAGAAUCAGUGCCCGGCGACGCCGAGGAGUUCUUUACGGCCUCAAAUAGCAAUGGUCGUCAUGUGUACUACAAGACACACUACAAGGAAGAUGAAAGCAACGUGGGCGGGAUUACGACGGUGGGGCACUAUGUGAUGGGCGCUGAUAAAUAUCCUCCCGUGUGGCUUUUCCCUUCAGAUCUUUAG